UGUUGCUCGGAUGGUAACAUUGCCAUUUGGGAUCUGCACAACCAGAGCCUGGUUCGCACCUUGUCGGGCCAUUUAGAGGGCGCCAGCUGCAUUGACUUGACCGGCGGCCCCGACGGGCAUCAGCUUUGGACAGGAGGACUAGACAAAACUGUUCGUUCCUGGGAUUUGCGUGGAAUGCUCGCUGGCUCCAAUUACAACAGCAGCGGGACUGACGCUUCGCCCGGGACUGCGGCAUCUCCACGCCAGCACCAAGUGGCCAGAGUCGACUUUGCCUCUCAGGUCUUCUCAUUGGGCGUCUGUCCGACCGGCGACUGGCUGGCGGUGGGCCUCGAAUCCGACUGCGUUGAAGUGCUCAACACCGGCGGUUCUGGCAGCGGUGGCCUUUCGUCUGGUCUGCCCGCUUCUGCGGCUGCCGGUAGCCAGCGCUACCAGUUGACAUUGCACGCAAGCUGCAUGAAAGAGACUUCCUCAGUGCUCAGCUGUGACAUCUCACUCGAUGACAAGUUUGUCGUCACGGGUUCUGGUGACCGGAAAGCCACCCUCUAUGAGGUUGCAUUCUAA